CCUGUGCUCGGGAGGUUUGACAGCUCCCUGUUUGGCAACCCAGGACUCACUAGAAGAUGUUAUUGAUGGCAAAAAUACUUAUUUUCGCUCUGAGUGGUUUCCUCAGAGUGGCAAUGGGCUUCGACAUUGGAUUAUCCACCAAAUGUGUAGAGAUACCCGAGGAGCUGGACAUGUGCCACGAGAUUGGGUACUCCGAAAUGAGGCUUCCCAACCUGAUGGGACACACAAGCAUGGCAGAGGUUAUCCUAAAAUCCACCACCUGGCAGCACCUGGUGCACACAGACUGUCACCCUCACGUGAGGACAUUCCUCUGCUCUCUGUUUGCACCCAUCUGUUUAGAUACAUUCAUCCAUCCUUGUAGGAGUAUGUGUGUUGGUGUCCGGGACAGCUGUGCACCCGUGCUUGCCUGCCAUGGACACUCCUGGCCAGACAGCCUGGACUGCGACCGAUUCCCUGCGGACGAGGACAUGUGUCUGGCAUCGCUUACAAAGGAAUAUAAAUACUUGCACAAAGUCCUACCAAAGCCUGCAUGCCAGACCUGCCCAGCAGUGGAGGAAUUCUUUACACACAAAAGAGUUCUUGAAGUUUUCUGUGACAAUAACUUCGCAGUGAAAGUAAAGCUAUCCAAAAAAAGAACGUUACUUGGUGACCAAGAGUACAACAUUGAAUGCCAAGUGGAAUUUAUUACCCAGGGCUCUCUCUUACCUUACGAAACUCAGAACAUGAUACAACAGUGGCUGCUUAUCAAUGAAAACUGUACACAGAAGAUGACUCAAACGCAUCGUCCUAUGGUAUAUCUCCUUGUGGGGAAGGUUGAAGAGGGUAUCAUUUUAGUGAAUCAGGUUUAUCGCUGGCAGAGGAGGGACUCCCAGCUGACUUUGGCCACUCAGAAGUGGAGAUACCAUAAGUGCUUGUAAAUAUUUAUCCUAAUAUUUGUAAAAAGAUUAUUAUUCUUCUUAUGCCAAACCUGUUUUGUAAAUAGGAAUGUACUAUAAAUGCAAUGUAAAGUCUUCAUGUCCUUUUAAACUGUAUUAUAAGUCGAACUUAAACCUAGUGUUAUCAUAGAC